CGACGUCCUGCACGAUGGGCUGGCGGUGCCCGACUGCCUGCAUCCUGCUCUGACUUCUAUGCUGCUCUCAUGCCUCCCAACAUUCCGCACGAUCGCUCACAAUCACACCGUACCCCGCACAGCGACGGCGCGCCCUUUACAGCGACGCGUGCGCUCAACCAAGCCCGUCCAAGCUCUUAUUCCUCCCUCGAGCAAGCGCUAGUCCCGCCCGCCCACGCCCGCGACAGCACCGACCGCAGACGCAGCUCCCAGUUCCGCGACGCCCUUCGCUCGCCCUCAGCCAUGUCCUCAGAUGGUCGCUAUCUGUUUCAGAGCCCGCAAGAUGUCACCGCACAGUAUGGCUACCCGCCCUACCCGCCGUACGACCCCGCCCAAUAUCCACCGAGUUCGUCCCGUCCUGCACGCACUGGUGCGCCCCCACCGCACCCUUCGCCUCCCCAGCCGGCCCAGCCCGCACCGUACAACACGCCGCCGCAAGGCUACCCCCAGCAGGGAUACCCGCCCCCGCCGUACGGCGUGCCCCCGCAAACGAACACGCCGCAGUGGAACGCGCCGUCGCCCGAGGGCUGGCCGCCGUACGCCGCACCGUUCGUGUCGCCGGGCGCGGCGAGCGUGCAACAGGAAGGAGCGCAGGGUUUCUCGCGGGCGGACGCGCAUCCGCCUCAGUCUGGAGGCGAGGCAGGGAACGCACCGCCUGCCGGGUCUGCCCACCUGGAGGCCCGUCGCGCAGAGGAAAGAGCCGAGCGGGCAGGAGGUGAUCUGGCGCCUCCUCCAGCGAGAGGACGGAGGGGUAGCAGGGCAGAGAACGAGAACACGGGGCCCACGCUGCUGUCGCCUGCUGCGGCCGCUCUGGACUACAACAAACUCGCUGAUUCCUACCGCGGCAUCCUUGAUUCGGCAAACACAAUAGCAAGCGCGGGGCGUGGAGAGGCGGCUGCCGAAAGUUUUGAACGGAUGAUACACGCCGCGAUGUAUGGCCAGACGGUGCUCGACACCGCAGUUCAGCGUACAGCCGCCGAAACGGUUCGUCCGGCAGCCGGCGGAGAGGAAGGCGAGGAAGGCCCGGGUCGGACGAGACAGGUCAGCAUAUCGAGAGGUGAGCAGGUGGUAGAAGGCGGCCAGACAUGUUUGGGCUGCAAUGCAACAUCAACACCUGAGUGGAGACGUGGGCCCAUGGGGCCGCGAACACUAUGUAAUGCCUGCGGCCUGGUCUAUGCCAAGCUGAUUAAAAAGCGGACACGGGAGCCUGGACGCUCUCGGGGAAGCGGGCAGGCGCGACAAUCCAAUCCUGACGCCCUCUCCAGUGGAGAGGACGGCAGUGACAAUGAGUCGAAUGGCUCGCAAGAACGGCGGAGCGAGCCAGGAGACGCUGCAAGAAGAUGAUCGCCUAUAAUUGGUACCACAUCGUUCUUGCCAGACCCCUCAUCGAUCCUAGCACGCGGUCAUAUACAUGCCUGGCACCUCUCUUGCGCAACCCGCUUGUGGUAAUUGUUAAGUUUGUGUCUAGCUCUUUACACUGCCCUCGUUGCUUUUUACUCUUAAUAGGUUUGUCUCAGAUUCCCUCUUGCUCUCCGAUGGCCCGGUGCAAACCCGGCACGUUUAUCCGUUAUCAAACUUCAUCCUGCUAUUGUUGUAGCGUGUGCAAGUGUUAUGUUAGCCCUCUGUAGUCCUUACGUUUUAAUCUAUACACCGCAGCUCGGUCCGCACCGUGACCCAGCUUUCC